AUGACAGAGACGGGACAGCCGAUUCGCGGGGGCGGCAAGUCGCCGGCGGCGGAGGCGGAGGACAAGCCGCGCGCGCCGCUGUGGAGGCGGGCUCUGGCCAACGUGACGGUGGAGCCGCUGGUGGCCGGCUACGUGAUGCCGUCCGUGUUGGCGUCGCUCGCCACGCAGAACCUCAACCUGCAGAAGGCCUGCUCCGUCAACCUCGCCUUCAACGACACCGUCUGUGACGCGCUCGCCCUCAAGGAGAGCGGCGCCUACCAGGAGCAGGAGGCGGCGGUGCAGCAGUUGGUGACGGCGGUGCUGGCGUGGCGCGCCGUGCUGCAGGCGUCGCUUCCCGCGGCGGCGCUGCUGUUCCUGGGUGCGUGGUCGGACCGGCACGGCCGGCGGAAGCCGCUGAUGCUGACGCCGGUGUUCGGCGAGCUGACGGGCGCCCUGCUGCUCAUGCUGUGCGUGUACUGCCGGGCCUGGCCCGUCGAGGCCGCCGCGCUCGCCGAGGCGCUGCCGCCCGCCCUCACCGGCGGCUGGGUCACCGCCUUCAUGGCCAUCUUCAGCUACAUGGGCGACGUGACGACUCCGGAGGAGCGGACGCUGCGCAUCGGCGUGGUCAACGUCUGCCUGAUGCUGGGCGUGCCCAUCGGCAUGGCUCUGUCCGGGGUCCUGCUCAGGGCCAUCGGCUUCUACGGCGUCUUCCUCACCUCCGCCUGCAUCUACACCUCCAGCAUCACCUACGGAUUCUUCUUCAUACACGACAAGCCCCGCGACACACCAGCGGCCGCCGACGAGAAGCCGGAGAAGCAGCAGCAGCAGACGGCGCCGCAGAAGAGCCCGCCGCUGCGGCGAUGCAUGGCCGGCAUCAGCGACCUGCUCGACGUGCGACACGUCGCCCGCACGUUCCGCGUCGCCUUCCGGCACGGCAACAAGGAGCGGCGCAUGCGCGUCGCCAUGCUCAUGCUCUGCUGCUGCGUCAUCAUCGGGCCCAUGCACGGCGAGAUGGCCGUGCUGUACCUAUUCACGAGGUACCGCUUCAACUGGAACGAAGUCGACUUCAGCAUCUUCUCCACCUACAGCAUGAUCACCAACCUCAUAGGAACAAUGGUGUCAGUGGGUGUGUUCAGCCACGUAAUGAAGAUGGACGAUGCCCUGGUGGGAGUCCUCUCAUGCACCAGCAAGAUCAUCUCAAGCUUCAUGUACGCCUUCAGUUACACCACAUGGAUGAUCUACAUGGCACCAAUCGCAGAAAUUCUUAAUGGCACAUCAUUCAUCGCAAUGCGCUCCAUCAUGUCCAAACUGGUUCCACCUGAUGAGUUGGGCCAGGUGAACUCCCUGUUUGGCGUGUGCGAGGCCCUGAUGCCGCUGGUGUAUGCCCCACUGUACACCAGCGUCUAUGCUGCCACCAUGGACUCCCUGCCUGGGGCCUUCUUCCUAUUGGGAGGUGGUCUCACCAUGCCGGCUGUUGCAAUUUUCCUAUGGCUCUAUGCUUCCCACAAAAAGGAUGCUAGAAAGAAAGAUGAAGAAGAAAAUGCAGCCACCAGGACGACAGCAGUUCUCGAAGCUGCUGCCACUGCGACGAAGACGGAUCCCUUGGCCUUCCCCAUGGUGAGGAAUGGUUCUGCCAGGUUCAGUGACAAGUCAAAAGAAGAAAGCAGAGCAGUGGAUGCAUCCACGCUAGACCAAAGAGCAGCAGAAGAAGGACUGACUCAUAGGAAGAUCUUUGGUGUCGAAAAUCCGGCGUACGAGCAAGACUCUGACACAAAACCGGGAGAAGCUCGACUAUGAAGAACAUUAUCUCUAGUGGCAAUGAGAGUGUAACUCAUCAGUUUGGACUUCACGGUGCACCAUGACACGCUUUGUUAAUUCUGCCUUCCUUUUAUUUUGUUGCGCUAAUGGGACCUGACAAACGAUAACAUAAUUGUUUGAGACAAUGGUGAAAAAAAUUGUUGGAAGAAGGCAGAUUUCUGACAUUAGUAAAAAUGUGUAAAAAUAAUAUGAAUGGAUGUCGUGAAAGAUUCUCAGUAUCACACCUUGAUUUUACAAGCCUAGUAUACUGGGAGUCUUUUACAUAUAGAUGUUGCCAUGGAAGACUAAGUUGUCAGUUUAUUAUAGCAGGCAGAAAAACUCUUCCAGAGUAUGUCUGUGUGGAAGAUAAUCUGGUAUCCCAACAGCUGUGGUAUGUGUUUCAUCAGUAUUUUAUACUGGAUGCCAAGUUGCUAGAUUGUUUCUAAGUAUUUAAUGAGAUGGUGGCAUAGGAAUGAUAGGACUGAGGUAAUCUGCAUAAAAUACUAGAAACUUCUGUAAGAAUCAGAUAGGCUACAAACACCCUGACAAUGUGUACCCAACAGCAGCAGAAGACAAAGUGCAUUUUUCUCAUUCUUUGGAAAGAUUUUAUUAUAGCUGCUGUUAUGCCACAGCUAGAUAUUUCACUCUAUUAUCUAAAAUAAUUUAUUUUCUUCAAGCUUUAACAUCUCCUUAUGAUACCAUGACUUCAUUGCUGAUUUUCUCCUAAAGCAGCCAGAGCUCAUUCGCAUACAAUAAUGGUUAAAUAUGUGGUAUUCAAAGCUAUUUUAUUUUUACACACAUUCCUCAAACAAACACAAUGCUCACAAUUAAUGUUUGUUAACAAUAUAUAUUCAAGUAAUGAUAAAUCAAGAGAGCUUAACAUGACAAAUUUAGACUGCUUAUCAAUUUAUGUAUACAAAGUGAAACUGUGACUUUAGAUUCUUAAGUCAUUGCUUAGAUAAUACCCAAGAUUUUCCACUGCCAUAUUGUUUCAAUAAAUCUAGCUUUCUUGAUAUAUGGCACUUAGGAAAAUGUAGUUGGGGCCAAGGAUAUUCUGUUAUCUUAAUCCCCUCAUCUCUCUCUCUCUCUCUCUCUCUCUCUCUCUCUCUC